AUGGAUUCCUACCCUUCUUUACCAAAUAUAAGCCAGCAACAACAGCAAGCUGGCUAUAAUAAUAAUUCGCUCGGCCUCCCUACAAAUCCUACAUUAUUACAACAAUCUCAAUCGCAGCAGUAUGCUAAUUUCGCCCCUCAACAUCCUGCCAACCAACGCGCGAUGAACUCUGGAAUCGUGCAGCAAUCACAACAACAAGCGAAUUAUGGAACUACGAACAAUCAAACCAUGCAACAGCUUGGAGGGUUAGGUGCUGAUAAUAAUUCGUCCCUUUCCAAUCCGUACGUUUUUCAAAAUCACCAGUCGUUACCAGUAACAUCCUCCACCCCAAUACCAUCCAUGUCAGCCAUUAACAACUCUGUUUACGGUAAUCAAGGUAAUAUCAAUGGUAUGGGUAUGGAUGUGUUUCGACCUGGUUUUAAUCGAACUUUAGGAGGUCAAAUGAGAGCUCAGAUGCAACGACUAGCUCAACAAACUCAACAACAACAAAUGAUGCUUCAAAUGAGAAGACCUGUUCAAAAUACUGCGCCUUCACAGAAUGUACAUCGUCCUUCAAAUAAUCAAAAACAAACUAAUGAUUCUAAUUCUAAAAAGCCUCAACAACCAAUUGUUAAACCUUAUGAACCUGCUCCUGAUCUUACUCCUGUUCAAAAAGAAUAUUUGGAGCAAUAUGUUCGUCGUGAUAAUUUAUAUCAAAAAGCUUUAGAUCUCCAACAUAGAAGGCAAAUGGCUAUAAUAAAUGAAAAACGUAAAGAAAUAGCCCAGGCUGAACAAAGAUAUCAAUUUAGAUCUAGUCCUUUCGUAUUUGGUCCUGGCUAUCAAGGUUAUGGUAAUGGUAUAACCGGAACAAAGUUUCGUAUUAUUUAUCCAAACGAAAGAAAAAGGCCUAAAAGAACAAAGGAAUUUAAAUUCACAUUACAACAAUUAAAAGAUAUCGCGCAAAAAGAAGAUAUAUUAGUUCCGAUAAGAUUAGAAAUUGAUGGAGCUGAUGGUUACAAAUUACGAGAUACUUUUACAUGGAAUAUGAAUGAAACGUUUAUUACGCCUGAACAUUUUGCGGAGGUUCUUUGUGAUGAUUUACAUUUUCCUCCUUCACAAUUUGCUCCGAUAAUUGUCAAACAAAUACGCGAUCAAUUACAAGGUUAUAUCAUUCAUCCUCUUUCAUCAACGGAGCCUCCUCAACCUACUUUAACUGCUGAGGUAUUUUCGACUUUAAAAAAUUCUACCGAAGACUCGAUAGAGAUCAAAGAGGAGAUUGAUGAAUUUUCAAUUUUCAAUAUGGAUGUGGAUCAAUUUGAAUGGGACAUUAAUUGUCAAAAAAAUGAUCCGGAGAUUUUUGCGGAAAUUUUGACCACUGAAUUAGGUCUCGGAGGCCAUCCCUUUGAUGGGUCAUCUAUACAAGACGAUGAUCUUCGGCAAAACUUUUUAUCUCCAGUCACAAACAUAAUUCGAAGGGAGGAUGCCGUUGAACAACAUACUCCAUUAUUGGUAGAAUUAACUGAAGCUGAAAUUGAUAAAAUUGAAAAGGAUAGAGAGAGAGAUGCUAGGCGUAAGAGACGUCAAACUCGUGGUAGACGAGGUGUUAUAUUACCAGAUCGUGAACCUCCAAAAACCCAUCGUACACUUCUCCAUAAUACUACUUUAGUUCAAGAUCCCGCUGAUGAAAAUGUCUUUUUAACGGUUCCUUCAUCAGGCAUGCCACCAGUUUUACGUAAAGCUAGUUCUAUGGGAUAUGAUAAUUAUACUGCAAUAUCUGAAAAGUCUUUAGCUCCUGGUAAAAUGCGAGGAAGAGGACGUGCUACUGUUGGUGGUGCAAAUAUUGGUAGUAAUUUGAGAGUUGGUACUCCGGUAAAUACACAGGAUUCUGAUUCUAAUACUCCAGAGGGUGCUAAAAAGCUUCAUCGACGUGAGUUAGGAUUAACGAAUAAAGAUUUAGAUGAAUGGCAUUGUAAUGGUUGUGGAUGUCCUUCAACAUCAACGCCGCUUCUACGAAAAGGGCCUAAUGGAGAGAAGACUCUGUGUAAUGCGUGCGGCCUCUACUUUCAAAAGAACAAUUCACUACGGCCGAAUCCCUUGAAUUUAAAUGAUCUCGGAACAAAUUCACCGUUUAUGGAGAAUAACCCUUCGUCCAUCGAUCUCUUUUCAAAAAAAGGUCCACAACAUAUUGAGAGUUACCAUCAAAACUCACCUUCGAUGUCAAUAUCUAAUACGUCGUUAGAAGUUAAGCAACAAUCCAAUACUUUGGUUAAGAGAGAAAUAAAUGCACAAGAUAAUCAAAAUUUAACUGAUUCUCAAGGAAUAACUUUGAAUACUGUUGUAUCCGAAGGGUUGGUGUCUACGCCCUUAAUUCAACCUGUUCCGUCAAUAAUGACGGCUUCUUCGAUACCUUCAACAUCUACCACUCAUGCAAUUACUUCUACAUCUGCGAAUGAUUUACCAAUGUCUACAACUUCAUCAACCAUAACCGUUUCCAAUGCCUUACCAUCUAAUAGACCGGUUUUCCCAGAAUGGAUUAUUCAGCAACGCGACCAAUUAAACCGAAAAUAUCCACGUGAUUGUUUUGACAUUAUUCAACGUCCUAAUCAUCAUCCAACUGAAUUCCGUAUUAAAUGUUUUGACUGUCCUGGAAAGCUCUAUCAACCCGGUCCCGAUCUUACAUUGGGGAAUUUUGAGAUACAUCUAAAGAACAAGAGUCAUCGUAUGGCUGUUGAAAAACGUUGGAAUCCUCAAUUGGCAGCAAGUUUAUUAAAUAAUGAAACUAUCGCCAAUAAUAAUAAUGCUAACACGAUUCCUGGAUACGGGCAUGCUGAUGGUGCUUCCGCUACUAUAUCGGUCGGUGAUAUUGGCGAUCAUGGUACGAACUCAAUUCUUGGUAGUGGUACUGGUGGUACAAAAGAAAUUGGAGGUACGGGCACCCCUAGUGAUAUAAGUGAUGAUAUUCGUGUAUAUGAUUUAAAAUAA